CAAAUGUUUGUUAUAAAAUUUGGAUGGAUUCUGCUCAUCUGAUUGUAUUUUAAUAUAAUUAUCUACUUUUGUUUGUUUGUUUGUUUGUUUGUUGACUUGUGUUUGUUAGUUGUUUGUUUUGGCUGUUUGUUUGUCUAUGUGUUUGUCUGUUUAUAUGUUUGUCUGUCGAUACUUUUGUCUGUCUAUAUGUUCGUCUGUCUGACUGUAUGCUUGUGUGUCUCUUGUUUGUUUAUGUGGUAGUGUGUCUGUCUGUCUGUCUGUCUGUUUGCUGUCUGUCUGUUUGUCUGUUCAUUUAUCUGUCUGUCUGUCUGCUGUCUGUCUGCUGUCUGUCUGCUGUCUGUCUGUCUGUUGUCUGUCUGUCUGUCUGCUGUCUGUCUGUCUGCUGUCUGUCUGUAUGUCUGUCUGUCUGUCUGUCUGCUGUCUGUCUGUCUGUCUGCUGUCUGUCUGCUGUCUGUCUGUAUGUCUGUCUGUCUGCUGUCUGUUGUAUGUCUGUCUGCUGUCUGUCUGUCUGUCUGUGUAUCUGUCUGUUUAUUUGUUUGUCUUGUGACUCUACGUUUGUCUGUUUGUUUAUCUGUUUGUGUCCAUUUGUAUGUCUGUUUGUAUAUUUGUUUAUUUGUUUGUCCUUGGCCUGUGUGCAAUGUUUGUUUGUGUGUAUGUUUGUUUGUAUGUCUGUUUGUUUGUUUGUAUGUUUGUUUGUUUGUUUGUUUGUGUGUCUGUCUGUUUGUAUGUCUGUCUGUUUGUUUGUAUGUAUGUUUGUUUGUUUGUAUGUUUGUUUUUUGUUUGUGUGUCUGUCUGUUUGUAUGUCUGUCUGUUUUUUUGUAUGUAUGUUUGUUUUUUGUAUGUUUGUUUUUUGUUUGUGUGUCUGUCUGUUUGUAUGUCUGUUUGUUUGUUUGUUUGUAUGUUUGCUUGUAUGUUUGUAUGUUUGUUUGUUUGUAUGUCUGUCUGUCUGUCUGUCUGUUUAUUUGUUUGUUUGUUUAAUGGUAUGUAUGUUUGUUUGUUUGUAUGUUUGUUUGUAUGUUUGUUUGUAUUGUUGUCUGUUUGUUUGUCUGUUUGUUUGUUUGUCUGUUUGUUUGUCUGUAUGUCUAUUUGUUUGUUUGUUUGUAUGUCUGUUUGUUUGCUUGCUUGUUUGUCUGUUUGUUUGUAUGUCUGUUUGUUUGUUUGUAUGUUUGUUUGUUCUGGGAUUGUAUGUGUGUAAUUUUGUUUGUUUUCAUGUUUAUAUAUACUUAUAUAUUUGUCUGUUUGUCUGAUUGUCAAUUUACAUUUUUAUUUGUUUGUCUCUGUUUGUCAUACUACAACUUCUCUACCACUCAACACAUUUGACUUCUUCACAUCACUCUACCGUCUCCACAAAUACUAAUUUCUAUUGCUCACACAGACCACUGCCAUCCACUACUCGU